AUGUGCCUACUUAGGCAAAGAGCUCUUGAAUUUGAAAUCUCGGGCCGAAGAGUGGGGUGGGUGACCACUGACCACACAGAAAGAUUGGGUCAGCUGACCCGGAGUAGAGUAAAUCACGAAAAUCAUUUUUCUUUUCCUUUAUUCACGAAUCUGAACGUACAUAUGUUGAACACCAGCCACACGACCAAGCAAUAUCAAAGCCGUAUAUCCUUGAAGUAUAUAUACCAGCCGCCUAACCAAUCUUGCUUAACGAUCUCUAUUGCUUUUCUCUGGUUUCGUGUGCGCAGGAAUUGGGAGAUCGAUAUAAUCAUAGAUUCUCGGGAUCGGAGGACUGAAUUGGUCCGGGGCCCCGAGAUGUACCAGGAAAUGAUGAGGACUAUUAUUGGGGCAGCCUUUCGUCACACGAACCGACAAACUGAGGGAAAACAUCCGGCUCAAGACGAGCCGGGAUUCGAACUGUUGGAAGAUUUUGAGCCUUAG